GUCCACAACCUGGCAGUAGGAGGCCCCAGAGCCAUCCUGCUGUGCCUCUUUGGGGCCGUCCUCUGCCUCACAGGGUCCUACAGCUUUCCACACAUCUACUUCGGGCCCUUUGACCUCAGUGGCAUGAAAUUCCUCAAUGUCUCCUGUCUCCUCGGAUGCUCUGAGGCUGUCUUAUCCCUGACCACUGGGUACCGCGCCUCAGUGACCAUGGUACAGAAGGGCUGCUGGACAGGCCCAGCUACGGGCCAGAUGCAGUGGAACGACAAGGCGCUGCCGCCUGACUACUCGGUGGUGCGCGGCUGCGGGACCGACCUUUGCAACGCGAACUUCCAAAUCCACGACUCCCUCCCCAAUCUGAGCCGAGCGCCCAACCCGCCGACGCUCAGCGGCGCCAAGUGCUACUCCUGCGUGGGGAUCCACCCGGAGGACUGCACCCCGGAGAAGUCCCGGCGGGUCCAGUGUCACCAGGACCAAAGCAUGUGCUUCCAGGGCAAUGGAAGCAUGACCUCUGGCAAUUUCUCAGUCCCUGUGUACAUCAGAACCUGCCACCGGCCCUCCUGCACCAUCCAGGGCACCACCAGCCCGUGGACAAACAUCGACCUCCAGGGCUCCUGCUGUGAGGGGCACCUCUGCAACAAGGACUCCAUAAGCUUCACCAGCACCUCGGGCACCGUCCCUCCUGGGGCGCCCCCCCCGUCAUAUUCCUGCUCCCCAUGGUUCCCCUGCUGGGAGCUGGCUCUGGAGCAGUGUGCUACCAACUGA